AUGGCUUUCUUGACAAACAACAUUUGGCCCAAGGAUGGGAGGAAUAGGUCUCACGUUCCGGCCAUGCCGGUGUGGAUCGCCGCCAUCAGGAUACUUCAGCUCGUUCUCGCCAUUGCGACGUUAGGCAUCACCAUCUUCGGCCUCACCACCAUGCAAAAGGCGACGGGAUAUCCCUUUUCGUGGUUCGCAUUCGCCUGGACCUUCUCCUACUUGACCUGGUUGGGCGUUGCCGUUAUGUUCAUUCCCAUCAUGUACAACUGCUGGGUGCAUCUCGGUCUCGAGUUGCUCACCGUCGUCUUCUGGCUCAUCACCAUGGCCCUGUUGGCCAGCCAUGCUGACGAUCUCGAUUCCCUCGACGCCUUCAUCGUGACCUUUGGGCCAAAAUACGAGGUCUACUACAAGAUGAAUGUUGAGCCUUUUGCCGACGGCUUUGUUGCUGCCACCUUUGCCGGCACCGCCACGUCCGUCGUCAACUUUGUGCUUUUUGUCAUCACCAUUAGUGUUUUUGGCCGCGCCCUGCAUGCUCUGCGCAAGGCAAACCUGGAAAAAGCGCCCAGCACGACCGAUUCGCAGAAGACGAUUCAGGCCGAGGGAGACAAAAUGAUCGCGUCGCCGCAGAUGACAUCCGCCGUCCCUACUUACAUCCACUGGAACAGCCAGUACCCUCCUCACCACACUCACGCCUACCACUACUACGGCCAACCGCCGUACACGCAAUCGCCGCACUCGCAAACGAACCCUUCGCCGCCGAACUCCGUCCCACCCCACGGAUUUCAACCGGCCUACUUCCCCAGCAGCCAAUGGCCGCCGCAGCCCCCUCAGCAACAACCGCCUCCCGAGGGCGGUGUCUGGCCGGCCCAGAACUACGGCAUGUACCAGCAGCAGGUCCCCAUCGCGUCCCAGCAUACCGGCCAGUCCGGCAGCAACAUGGGCUCGCCCCAGUUUCCCAUGGUGACCCCAGUGGCACCCACCAAGUCGGACCUCCCGGGUGUAUACUCGCCACCGCCCCCGGGUAGCGCACAUCCCGGGCAACCGCCACAACAACGCCCACAGCCGCCGCCCCCGGCGCCCGGCACUAUGCAAUCGCCGGUCGAGUUGAACGAUGGGCGUGGUGAGGAGAAUAUGCCGGCGGAGCUGCCAAACAACCCUCCUCGGUCACCCAGAUAA